AUGUGCGCGCCUGAAGGUAUGGAGAUUAUGGGAAUCAGCGACGCGGACAACGCCCUGAUUACCGCAGAAUUUGUGGAUCUGUUCUCAACUCUCAGCACAUGGGAACCGAAAGGCAACUUGCUACUUGAUAUAAGUGUCCACUCUCCCAGUGACUCAGAACACUGGUUCAAAUAUCUGACCUUUGAGCCUGACUUUUCUUCGGACGAGUGUGGCCGCUCUCUGUGUAAAAAGCCAAUGCUGGCCAAACUCGACAACCACCAGCACGGUUGGAUUGCUGGCAAUCGAGACUCCUCCCCUCCAAGUACUGGCAUCCACAAGGUUUUCGAUGAAAUCAUGGGCGAAGGACCAUUCUAUAAUGACGAACAGGAAAACCAGUGGUGGCAGCAACUGCCAUUAGUCCCGGUGGUAACAGGUAUGCUUUUACGACAACAGACCCGCCGACGAUGGAAGCCAACGGCGUUGGCACAGAUAUUUUCACGUCUUCCACAGCUCAAGGAGAUUUACUACGAGCCCCGGAGAGAAUGGUAUAAUAUUCAGCAGCUCUGGACGGAUGAAUGUGCUUUCCAAUCGCUUUUUGAAUCACUCGAUGCUAGCCAACUACGGAGGCUCGUGUUAUUCGAGAACUUUAAUCAACAGUAUCCAAUCAGUUUUGUUUCUAGUGUUUCGGAAUGCGACGCUAUUCGAACCCCAGCGUUUGAUGUCAGCCAGGCAGUCGCCAGAACCAGUCUCAAUCUUGAACACCUCUCAGCGUCGUUUAUUGUAGAUGCGAGCUAUUUCUUCGAUGCUCGCGAGCAUUCCUGGAGGUGGCCCAACUUGACUUCGCUUGCGCUGACUUCGCGCCUGCUAGCGCCUGAUGAGAGUCCGGCCGAGGUUGAUAACAUGCUCCAAUCAGCGGCAGCAGCAGCCAUGAAGAUGUCAAGGCUUGAAACAAUCGAGAUAUGGAAUGGGCGAGAGGGAUUGGCGAUGCUCUUUAGAUACCAGCUAGCUAGAGGAGGCCGGCCUGCUGUGAUAACCUGCAGAGGAACAUGGGAAUUCGCCCUGAGGGAACCUGUAGUCCAGGCGUGGGAAGGCGUGGCACUGAAUAAUCAUGGCCAGGGAUGCGUUAUUGUAAAGGAGCUACUGGACAACGGUGUGGUGAUUGAGUCUCAUGGUGAUGCAAUCCACCAUUCGAGCCUGGUGAUUCGGCCAGUUUCGUUGCAGCAGACUCGGAUGGAGCACAGAAUUCGUAAGAGAGUGAAUAGGUAG